AAGUCGGGGGAGAAAAGUAUGAUGAUCGAUUCAUGGGCUCAAAUUGGAUCAACCAUUGCUGGUUUGAUGUUUACUUUAGCUACAUUACAGCAAUUCUUCCCCCACCAACUUAGAGUUUCUUUGCAACAGUUUGUCUUCGCCUCACUUCAACGGUUCUCUUUUGUUCAAAAGUUGUGUGAUCAUUUUGUUAGCUUUUUCUCACCUUAUAUUCAAAUCACGUUCCCUGAAUACUCUGGUUUUUGGAGCAAUCAAGCCUUCUCCGCCAUCGAAACAUACGUCGGAGCUUUAUCCACCACCAAGGCCUCACUGCUCAAAGGUAGUCUCAUCAAAAACAGCAAAGCUCUUGUUCUUACAAGGGAUGACCUUAAGGUGUCAGAUGAGUUUGAUGGGGUUAAGGUUUGGUGGAUUCUGGACCCUUCUCCUUCUACAAGUUCUUCAGAGGACAAGUACUUUCAGCUCAUCUUCCAUCGACAGCAUCGUGAUUUGGUCACCGGGCCAUUCUUGGAUCAUGUUCUUGAACAAGGGAAGGCCAUUAAGGCAAGGAACAAGCAGAGGAGGCUUUAUACGAACAAUCCUAGUGAUAACUGGAGUUCUUACAAGAAGAACUUGUGGAGUGACAUUGCCUUUGAGAACCCUGCUACAUUUCAAACAAUAGCAAUGGACCCCAAGAAAAAGGAGGAAAUCAUCAACGUCCUGAUGAGUUUUAGUAAAGCCAAAGAGUAUUAUAUGAAGCUCGGGAAGCCAUGGAAACGAGGGUAUCUCCUUUACGGUCCGCCGGGAACCGGUAAGUCUACUAUGAUUGCUGCAAUGGCUAACCUCUUGAACUAUGAUAUCUAUGAUCUAGAGCUGACUACUGUUAAAAACAAUACGGAGCUUAGGAAGCUAUUGACUGAAACAUCGAGUAAGUCCAUAAUUGUGAUCGAGGACAUUGAUUGUUCAUUAGAUGUAACUGGUGAAAGGAAGAAAGAAAGAUCAAAAACCAAUGAGAAAGAUCAGAAGAGCCCCGUAAAUGAAAACACCAGUAAAGUUACACUUUCGGGGCUUUUGAAUUUCAUUGAUGGGACUUGGUCAGCUUGUGGAACUGGGAGGAUCUUUGUGUUCACUACUAAUCAUAUUAACAAACUUGAUCCGGCUCUAAUCCGACGAGGCCGAAUGGAUAUGCACAUUGAGCUUUCAUAUUGCAGCUUUGAAGCAUUCAAGAUGUUGGCCAAGAACUAUUUGGAUCUUGAUUCACACGAAUUGUUUGAAAAGAUUGGGAUUUUGUUUAAGGAAACAGAGAUGACUCCGGCUGAUGUUGCGGAGAACUUGAUGCCGAAACGUGAGAAGAAAGACCCAGAUUCUUGUUUGGAGAGCCUCAUUGAAGCUCUUUCUGAUGCCAAAGAAAAGGCAAAGUCGAAAACUGAAAAGGAAAAAACAACCAAAAUCAAGGAAGAAAGAGGCAAGAAAUUUUAUGCUAGUUUAAUUAAGAAAAGAUGGCUGUUCCAGGCUUAGUUGUUCAUUACUCUAAUCUUAGAUUACAUUGUUAAAUUUCUGGCUAGCUAUUGCCUUUAACUGCACUUCAACCACAAGUCAUUUUAGUAUAUUACUCACAUUACAGAG